CCCUGCAAUCAUUGGGAAUGGUAUGGCCCAUGCAGAUUACUCCUUCAGUUAGGGCUACAGGAGUCAUUCUACCUCUUAACAGUGGAGAGGACUGGCAGACAGACAGACAGACUUUGCUGAGAGAGCAAGCUACAAAUGGUUCUCCGAAUCCCUCUGCGCAGAAGUGCCAGCUUCACCCCAGACCACCAGCCCUUGAUGGAGAUAUCAAAUCCCACCACAAUGAAAAUGGAAGUGAAUGUGCUAGUUAUGGGAGCAGACAGCGUGGGGAAAUCAGCCUUGACGGUGCGUUUCCUCACCAGGCGAUUCAUUGGGGAAUAUGGAGACAUGGAUUCCAUCUACAACCACAGCCUGGCAGUGGAGGGCAGAGAGAUUCUCCUCCACAUAUGGGAUGUCCCCUGUUCACAGGACCAGGUGGAAGAGAGCGCUGCCAAGGAAAAGAGAGUCCAGUGGGCAGAUGGCUUUGUUCUCGUCUACAGCAUCUGCGACCGUGCCAGCUUCAAUGUGCUGCGCCCCAAAGUCCAGAGCAUCAAGGCAACCAAGGAGGCUCUAAGUCAGGAGAAAGUGCCCAUUGUCAUCGUGGGCAACAAGCGGGACCUGCACCACCGGCGAGCGGUCUCCAGUGAGGAGGGCCGGCUCCUGGCGCUCUCCAUGGACUGCUUGUUCUAUGAGGUCUCUGCAGCUGAGGCCUAUCAUGGGGCACUCAUGGUCUUCCAGGGGCUGGCAGAGCGCAUCUGUGAGGCCAAGCUGGCCCUGAAGAAGGGAACUGGGAUCCGCAGCAUUGUCAAAAGCAUGUCGGCUGUGUUUGCUCGGAAAAGGACGGACUCGCUCUGAGCUGGCGUCUGCAUGUUACUUCCCCUUGUGCUGCCAGAUGCCAAUACCAGGCUGCCCAGUCUCCUUCACUAACUGAAGCCCUCCAACCCCAGUGAGUGUGAAGAGAGACAUGUACUUGGAGGAGUCUAAUUGAUUCCCCCAACCUCACACCUGAGCAUUUCAGGAAAAUGGCUCCGUCUGCCCCUGCUAUCGUAUAUACCAGUGGAACCUGGGGCCUUUAUAUUUCAACAUCUAGGAAUCUAUAUUGUCCAUCCCCAGGGUGUUAGGCCUUAUUAUAUAGUUCCUAAGGUGUUUUCCAGUCUAGCUAUAAAUGCACCCCCCCUUUGGCUCCCCACCCUUCCCUUGAGGAGAAGAUUUCUCAGACAAGUAGUUUGUAUAUCUACUGUGUAUUUGAGAGUUUGUCUUUGAGUGAGAGAACAAGUCCAUCUAUUUGUCUAUUUAUUCAAAAACUCCUCCUAAACCGUAAGAGCUAGGACCACCAAAUUUGGUACAUAACAUCCUCUUAUCAUAACGUAAAGCAAAGUAAGGGUUUGGCUGUGCAGGGAGAGGGGCUGCAACUCUCCCCUCCAUGCAUAUGGGGACACAUAAAAUCAUACAGAAAAGAGAGAAUCACUAACCCUAACCCUAACCCUAACCCUUCCCCUCCCUACUACUGAAAAACACCAGAGGGUCUUUCAGCUGCUUCUCGGAGUAUCUUACCUCCCCCAGUUCCUUUGGUGAGGAUCUGCCAUUUCCUCUCAGUACAGAUGAGUGGGAAGGACCAGCUGUCUCCUAGCCCUCCAUUCCAACCUCAGCUAUCUCAGCUGGGAUACUAGGAGCAAUGGUUUGGGCAUGUGACUUUUUGUAUCUGACUUAGAAUUUACUAUGGCUUCUGUCACCAUAACAUUUGAACCCCUCAACACUGCUGCAAGGUGGUGCAGUGCUAUGAACCCUAUUUUACAGACGGGGAACCAAGGCACAGGCACAUUAAGUGACUUGCCCAAGAUCAUUCACAUGCUGGUAGAUAAGGGAAUUCACCCUGGUUUCCAGAGUCCCAAGCUAUCGCCCUGAUCCAUAGACCCUCCUUUCUUUUCCUAGGUAGGGAGGUGGUACUGGGUAAUGCAUCUUGUAAGUCUCUCUGGCGCCGGAGUGGCUAGAGGAUGCAGGGUCCAUCCAUGGAGGGUGCUGGCUGUGGCUGUCCCUUGGUGUCUCAGCAUCUCAGAUGUUUGUAUCUUCAGCUGACAUCAAAGCCCCUGGGAUUCAGGAAACGUCGGCCUCUGGUUCUGUCCCUCUUUUCUGUGCAAUCUCGACUCAUUUCUGAGCUGUCACAGUGCCUGGAGUUGUCCUGCCGACCAGCUCCUCCCCUCCAUUCUUUUGCUGACAGCACGUUUCUGUUGUUUAAACAAUGUGUUGGCCAUGCGUGUAAGAUUGGAGACUUGGCUGCUUUCCAGGACUCCAGUCUCCAGCGUGGGAUCCAGUGUGUGCAAACCCAGUGCCUGCUGGGAGCCAAGAUUUGUCUGCCCCCUAGACCGUCACCAGGCAGGACCUGUGAGUUGAAGGAAAGGCUAGAUUCUCCACACCGAUGGGCCAAAACCAGUAAAAUUCCUCUCUGAGGGUGAAGCCAGGUCUCUGCCUCUCCUACCUCAGCUCCUCACCUGCAUCAAGGCUGUAAAGUUUGAGCUAAAUAAGAGGCUGUUUGUAAACGUAGUGAUUUCUACUGCAAUAAACCCCCUUUGUAUAGGAAGUGCCUGGCUCAUCACAGCUGUGGUUUUUGUGCUGGGGAGGGGGCACUCGUCUAUAGAGGAGGUGGGCAAGGAUAACUGUCUUUUGACCUAGCCUGCCCUGGAGUGUGACAGUUCAAAGGCGGACGUCUGGGCACCUGCUGUAAUUUGUCUCAGUCUCCCUCUUGCUGUAGUCCUAGGCCCUUCACUAUUAAUCCAGCACACAGCCAGCUCAAAACGUCUGGCUGCCUUUUGUGGGCUGCCCAGCUAACCCACUGAUUUGACAGCUGCCUCUGAGUAGCAGGGCAAACUGAUCUUUUCUCCCUUGGCUGAGGCCCUUGGUUUGAAGCAGUCUGCAUACAAUAAGUGGUGAGUGAUUAGCGCUGGGCUGGCAUUGCAGCAGAAGGGGGAGAGCGUGGCCCCUUAAGACCAUGCCCCCCAACCUUGUGUUGCUGCAUUGCACUAACUUGGCCGUUAAAAAUCAAACCCGUGCGAGCGCUGACAGAAGGCAGAGCCAGGCUUGGGCUGGUUGUUGCAGCACUGUGGGAUGAGUUGGACUACCCCUGUGCCCACACUUACAGGGCAGGGCCCAUUGCCUGCAUUUGCAGAAUCCCCAAACCUCAUGGCCCAUUACCCCUCUGAGGCCUAUCCAAGCCCCUGGCAGCCCGGACUCUGGAGAGCCCAACUGUAGAAGUAGUUGCUACCUGAACCUUUCUCCACACAGGGUAUGGAAGAAACACUCCAGCGGUUGUGCUGUGUAAUCAUGGAGCACAGGCUUGGGCAGCCAAGGCAGGAAUCUUCUGUCCCUGCUGUACAGCAGCUCAGCAGAGAGCUACAGCGGGAGCAUGUUUCCUGCCUGUGGUGGCCACAGCUCUUCCAGCAGUGAGUAAGAGAGAAGCCAGCUAGGUCUGGCACUGUCUGCUUCUUCCAGGUCCGAGUAGGUUAGUCACAUCAAUCGGGGCAGUCCCAGCCCUCCUGAAAAUAGUCACCCUCCUUAAAGGCCAAGCUAGGCCGGUUCUCUCCACCAUGUAGUGCAUGGGCUGGGCAAGAGCCGAGGCAUCCCAUCUCAUAAAUGAAAAGGUCCAGCUUCCAGACCACUGACAAGUUCUGACCCUCCACUGCCACCCUGAUACAAAUCCUUUCGCUUUCCCUAAGGCUAGGAAGUGCAGGGCACUAUCCAGCAUGGCACAAAGCACUGGCAGGUAAGGUUACCAGAUGGCUUAAAAAAAAUACCAGACACACUUAAUCUCAGAUGGUGGACAGGCCAGGAGGGGA